AAUGAAUAAGAAAACUCUAUUCCCCCCAUGGUUCAAAAAGGCACGCUUAAUCUUGCGCUUAGGUAUGCCUAGGCGCAAGGCAAUGACAAAACGCCUUGCCUAUGGGUUUUGCGCCUAGUUAGAUACCGUUGUAACACGUCCAUGGAGUAAGUAGACAUCUAAGUCUCUCUAAAACAUAACUACAUGGAUCUAGGAAGACAAUAUUAAAGGAGGAAAUUGACGUCAACUACGAAAUCAAUUUUCUAUAUCAAUAUUUUCAAUAGUUCGAGAACUUUGUGAGCUAUUGAGCUAUGAUUCUAUGAAUUUGUGAGCUAUGAUCUUGUCAUUAAAUGUUGAAUAAGUUAUUAAUCAUUUUAGAUGAAGUGAGGAAGUGUUGUAGAUUAUUAUUCAUUCAUCAUACAGUGCGAAUAACUAUUUUUCUUCCAACGCCUAGGCACGCUUAGUCUACGCCAAGGCGUGCUAGGCGCUAGGCAGAGCCUGAACGCCCGCCUUACGCCUAGCGCCUUCUUGAACCUUGAUUCCCCCUCUCUUCUUUUGUGUCUUUCCCGUCUAAUCUUCUCUUUUAGUUGUUUAUAUUUCCAUUAGUUUUAUAACAGAAUGUAUAUAUUUUUGCCAUUCUUAGGGCGGCCCGGAAUGAAGAGUCCAAAUUGAGUUGGGCCUUGUUGGAGUUUGAGACCAUAUAUUGAGGUGACGAAGAUGAACGAAAGAGGCUACUGUAGUUGGUAUUCUUUUGUGGAAUGGAAGAACGAAAAUUUGACCGGUGACAGAGAGGAAUAAAUUUGAGAAGAAUCUGCGUCUCAGUUGCUAUGGUCAUGCCACGGUUAAGAGAAAUCGAGAAUUAUGUUUAUAUUGACUGGAGAAAUAAAUUUGAGAGAGGGGCAUAUGCAGGACAUUAGGGUUAUAACUGAGCCAAACUCCUUACGAGUGAUUCAGGAAAUUUGAUAAGUUAAGUUUUAGCUAAGUCUAGUUCGACUGCAAGGCUUGUUAACCACUUCGAUUUGGUGACUUGUUGAGUUUAAUUCAUGAGUUAACUUGUUUUGAGUUAUGAGCUAGCUCGACAAGGUGUGUAGCGAGUCACCUCAACUAACAACUUAAGAGAAAUUAUGUAUCAUAAAUUGUUCCUAUAUUAAUUACUAUAAAUAACAUGAUAUGACAAUUAAAAUUAUGAACUAAAUGAUAUAUAACACCUGAGCUUGGGCCGAACUCGCGAGCUAAUUGAUGAGUCGAGCUCGAGUCGAGUACAAGUCAAGGUUUUCGUAAACAAAUCAAGCUCGAAAUCGACUUGUUUAUUAACACGUCUAGUUCAAGUUAGGUCAAAACUCGACUCGAUUCGACUCAUUUGCACCCCUGUCUGUAAGUUUGGCCCUAGAUACACAUUGACUCGACCCGGUCCGACCUGACCAUGAGGACGGCUGAGUCAGUUUGUCUACAACAUUAGUUCAAGGUCGGGUCAUCUUUUGGCCUCGUAAGGGUCUAGUCAUUUUUUAGCCAUAUGACCCAUAACAACAACUAGUGAUAUGAAAUUUCUCAUACCAGCACAUUGGAGUUGUUUGUAAAGUUUAGGCACUAUAAGGGUCUAGUCAUUUUUUAGCCAUAUGACCCAUAACAACUAAUGAUAUGAAAUUUCUCAUACCAGCACAUUGGAGUUGUUUGUAAGGUUUAGGCACUAUAAUGCUCUAUAAAAAAUAUAAAAGUACUCAAAUGUAAUUUUGCCACCAAAAUGUAAUUUUUUUAAAACUCGUAUAAUUUUACUUCGAAUUGACUCCAAGUGAGACAAUUUGUUAUCCGAAUUAACAACAACUAGUGAUAUGAAAUUUCUCAUACCAGCACAUUGGAGUUGUUUGUAAAGUUUAGGCACUAUAAGGGCCUAGUCAUUUUUUAGCCAUAUGACCCAUAACAACUAAUGAUAUGAAAUUUCUCAUACUAGCACAUUGGAGUUGUUUGUAAAGUUUAGGCACUAUAACGCUCUAUAAAAAAUAUAAAAGUACUCAAAUGUAAUUUUGCCACCAAAAUGUAAUUUUUUUAAAACUCGUAUAAUUUUACUUCGAAUUGACUCCAAGUGAGGCAAUUUGUUAUCCGAGUUUAAAGUUAAGUGGCCCUAGAUACACAUUGACUCGACCCGGUCCGACCUGACCAUGAGGACGGCUGAUAGACCGUCAUUUACACAUGUUUUUACCCCCAUUCUUACACCGUUUGAGGUGUUGAUUCUCGUGUUUUAGGCCGAUUUCACGGUAGGUUGUGCUUGUUUGUGAUAUUUCAGGUCCUAGGACGUGAAUGAAGGCUUAGGAGCGAGUCUGGGGUCGAUUGGACGAGGAUCGGACGCAUGGCGAGGUUCUGAGGAAGUCGCACGGGCACACCCACAACCCGCACGGCCGUGCAAGUGACCAGUUUGGCCGUGCGGGAUCGUGCGUGGGCACGCACGGGAUUGUGCGUGGCCACGCACGGCCGUGCAAGUGACCAGUUUGGCCGUGCGGGAUUGUGCGUGGGCACGCACGGGCACAAGUGAAAUCCGCACGGCCGUGCAACAUACAAUUCUGGCCGUGCGAGUUGGCUGAGGUUCAACUAAUUGAUACGCCGCGUUUUGAGGUGCACGGCCAGAAUGGUGAUGUGCACGGCCGUGCACCCUGGCCGUGCGAGUCGGGAAUGGCUGUUUUUAACCCAAAUUCGAGCCAAAGGAGAGAGAGAGCUGGGUUUUGGAUCCCAAACACCCAAGGGACGAACCCUAGAGAGAGAGAGAGCGAUUUGGAAACAUUCUUGGAGCUAUUUUGGAGGAUUUCGUCGCCAUUGGAGCUCGGGAAUCAAGCUUGGAGAUGGAGAUUGAAGAUCUAGAUCAGAUUUCUGCAGUCUCUCUCUUCUCUAUGGAGUAACUUCCCUUCACUUAGGUUUUGAGGAACCCUAGUUCCAUGAGUUAGGAUCUUUCUUGUAUGAAGUUUUGGAUGCUUUAUUGUUUGAUUAUAAUCGAUUGAGGCAUGAUUUAUUGAGUCAAUUGGAUCUUGAUCAAAUUCUCUUGAUUUCUGCUUUAACCUAUGAUAGAUAGAAUCUGAUUAGGUUAAGAGAGCUUCCUUGAUUGAUGGUAGUGAAUUGGUUGUGCGAGAGUCAAUCAAUUCACUGCUUUGUACUGGAAUUCAUUCCAGUAGUGGAGAUCUGUGUGAAUCGCCUUAGCAGUCUAUCCCGGUGAAGGCUAGUCGCCUGCCGGGUAUUCUGUCUGAGAGGGCUUGGUCAGCUUAAGAGAUUCCAAGCUAAUUUAGGAUCUUCCGCAGUUUAAUCAACAGUAGAUCAACCAAAGGUAAUUGCAACUUGGACCUAAUUGAGGAGCUAGGGGGAAUCAUACCUAAGUGAGUUCCCAACUUGUAAUUAGUAGAGUAGUCAGUAGGGUAGUUUAUCAAUCAAUUCUUAAUCUAGUUUGCUAGAUAACGAACUGAAGCUGAGUAAUAGUAACUCUAGAGACCCGUGGAUUCGAUAUUUAUUACUUGUGCCACUAUACUGCAGUCCCUUUCAUUGGUUACACUUGGCCAUUGUUAGGUGUUGUGUUUUGGCGCAUCAAGUUUUUGGCGCCGUUGCCGGGGACUUUCUAGAGUAUUAGGAAAGGCGGAAGUUUGUUACUUUAGCGUUUUUUGUUUCUUUUUUUUCCACCCUUGCUUUUCACUUGGGUGUUUUUGUUUUGUUGGUGCAGAUCUGAAUCAUGGAUCCUAAUGGCUUCUCCAAUCAUUGGGGGUAUCCACCACCAUCUGGGUGGUAUUACCCCGAGACCCCCUGGAGCAAUCAAGGAGGAGAAGACUAUGGAUUCGGGUUUCAGUACCAACCCCCAUCCUACGAAGAACAAUCAGACCCCUGGGUAUUUCAAGAACAAUCUCCUUAUCAAGAAGAAUUCCUCCAUCAGCCAGAUCCAAACUAUCACUUGAGGCUUCUCGUGGACCAGAUUGCUCGAGUACCUGAGACAUCCUUUCCAAAGAUGGAUAUCCCAGACAAUGCCCAAACUGGGUUCUCCUACCGUGAAACAGAGGAGACCCUCCUGAGCAUAAAGAAGAGCCUCGAGGAUCUUGAGAAAGCUUAUGCACAACCUGCUCAAGAUCACCCUUCUGCUAUCAUACUAGAAGAGGAGGAGGAAGACGAAGGCUACAAGGAUAUUGUGGAGCAGACAGAAGUUUUCACGAAAAGCUCUCGUGAUGAUCAUGAUCAGGAAUUUCCUGCCGUAGCCGACCACACCUUCCCACAUCCCAAACUGAGCUUUGAAGAGGCGGGCAUGAGUGAGGAGAUGCAAGAAAAUCUCAUGAAAGAAAUUGCUUGGCAACUUGCUCUCCAAUCCGUGCUAGAAGAAGAAGAGCGAGAAAGGGUGCAGAAAGAAGUUGUGGAGGAUGAAGAAAGUGAAGCAGGAGGAGUUCUUGAUCUUUUCCCAGGGGUGAUACCACAUGAAGAAGAAAGGGAGGUUGAAGAAGCAAUUGGCGUCCAGGCUGAGGACGGAGUUAAGGUGGAAGAGGCCUGCACCGGCCAUGAGUUACAUGUGAUAUCUCCACCAAACUUCGAGGAGCUGCUUGGCAAGGGCCCAUUUGCAGUGUCUCUUUGCCAGACCAAGGCCACAUCGACAUCGGUCCCUCUUGGUGGACGCGAUGGUGGCCAAUCGAUGCUGUCAUAUCUGGUUUGGGGCAAUGAGACGAGAGAAGAGAAGAAGAGGUCUCUAGGGUGGAGACUUCAUCUGCAUCAAGUACAUGAGCCUUCCUCACCUGCCACACCACAUGCUCGUGACUUGAGACUCCACCUCAUCGACGAGAACCUCAACUUCAAGGAGGUUCUAGCAUGGACCGAAACUUAGGAGCCAUCGUCCGGCUCACGACGUGAAAGAAGCGCUUGUUGGGAGGCAACCCAACCAGUCGGUUUGCAUUUCUUUCUCUAUUUCUCCUCGGUUGAGUCAGUUUUGUUAUUUGAUUUUAGAGUCAAUAACUCAACAUUUGUGAGAUUUUGUGUGGUGUUUGUGUUCUGAUUACUCUCUCUUCCUGGGAUGCACCGCCUGACCCGUUCAUCAUCAUUCACCCUUGAUCUGGUAACUUCGUUCUACCCUCCUUAUCUUUCCUCCAUUGAGGACAAUGUCGUGCUUAAGUGUGGGGGGUGUUCGAUUAUUUAUGCGGGUGAAUGUUUGGUUGUUUGUGUGCUUGGAGCCUAGUCCACUGUCCAAAUUUUGAAAUUUGAGGGCUCCAAGUACGUGUUCCUUGCAAUUGCCUGCUCAGUAUGCUUUGAAUUGACAGUCUUUAUAGUAAUAUGCAACCUAGGGAGGUAGUGUAGCACUAUGGAGGAUGUUGAUGCAUUUAAGAAGUCUCAUUGCUUCUUCAUAUUGUGUUGGUUGAUUGAGUGAAUUAGUGAUCUUAGGACCCUUGAAUUGUGUGGUGUUGUGGAUUCUCUACCUGUCAUGGACUCUUGUAUCAUGUCUUGAGUUUAACAGGUGCUCGAAAAUGUGCUUCAAAAUAACGUCUCCCGUGCGAAUAGGGCGAAAGUGUGUAAGGGGAGACGGGAAUUCGUUCCCAAUUUCCACCUACUACCUCCAGCCCCCUUACAUGUCUUUCCCCCGCACGAGGCUCGAGACAUCCGCUCCUGGCAUGGCCGGUAAGAGCAGGUUGGGACCCUUGAAAAAAAAAAAACAGAAAACAUGCAAAACAGAAAAGAAAAGGGGUUCCAACCAUCUUCAAGAAGAAAAUAGAGCACCUUGAAAAAUGUGAGUCCAUGAUCUUUUGUUUUUGAGAAUCUCUUCAUCCACAAUUCAUUUGUCCUCUGUUCACUAUUUUCCAUGAUGCCGACUCGAUACUAGUGCUCUCGCCGAAGAAGCUAUGAGAUGACUUGUGUUUCGGUUGACCUCGUAAGUUGCUAAAUGAUCUAGGAAGUCCUCUACCUACGAUCUGGGGUGUUUGUUGCUAUAGAGGUCUGGAGAGUUGCAUUGGUUUGAGUUAGGUUUGCUUGGGGACAAGCAAACGGUUAAGUGUGGGGGAGUUUGAUAGACCGUCAUUUACACAUGUUUUUACCCCCAUUCUUAUACCGUUUGAGGUGUUGAUUCUCGUGUUUUAGGCCGAUUUCACGGUAGGUUGUGCUUGUUUGUGAUAUUUCAGGUCCUAGGACGUGAAUGAAGGCUUAGGAGCGAGUCUGGGGUCGAUUGGACGAGGAUCGGACGCAUGGCGAGGUUCUGAGGAAGUCGCACGGGCACACCCACAACCCGCACGGCCGUGCAAGUGACCAGUUUGGCCGUGCGGGAUCGUGCGUGGGCACGCACGGGAUUGUGCGUGGCCACGCACGGCCGUGCAAGUGACCAGUUUGGCCGUGCGGGAUUGUGCGUGGGCACGCACGGGCACAAGUGAAAUCCGCACGGCCGUGCAACAUACAAUUCUGGCCGUGCGAGUUGGCUGAGGUUCAACUAAUUGAUACGCCGCGUUUUGAGGUGCACGGUCAGAAUGGUGAUGUGCACGGCCGUGCACCCUGGCCGUGCGAGUCGGGAAUGGCUGUUUUUAACCCAAAUUCGAGCCAAAGGAGAGAGAGAGCUGGGUUUUGGAUCCCAAACACCCAAGGGACGAACCCUAGAGAGAGAGAGCGACUUGGAAACAUUCUUGGAGCUAUUUUGGAGGAUUUCUUCGCCAUUGGAGCUCGGGAAUCAAGCUUGGAGAUGGAGAUUGAAGAUCUAGAUCAGAUUUCUGCAGUCUCUCUCUUCUCUAUGGAGUAACUUCCCUUCACUUAGGUUUUGAGGAACCCUAGUUCCAUGAGUUAGGAUCUUUCUUGUAUGAAGUUUUGGAUGCUUUAUUGUUUGAUUAUAAUCGAUUGAGGCAUGAUUUAUUGAGUCAAUUGGAUCUUGAUCAAAUUCUCUUGAUUUCUGCUUUAACCUAUGAUAGAUAGAAUCUGAUUAGGUUAAGAGAGCUUCCUUGAUUGAUGGUAGUGAAUUGGUUGUGCGAGAGUCAAUCAAUUCACUGCUUUGUACUGGAAUUCAUUCCAGUAGUGGAGAUCUGUGUGAAUCGCCUUAGCAGUCUAUCCCGGUGAAGGCUAGUCGCCUGCCGGGUAUUCUGUCUGAGAGGGCUUGGUCAGCUUAAGAGAUUCCAAGCUAAUUUAGGAUCUUCCGCAGUUUAAUCAACAGUAGAUCAACCAAAGGUAAUUGCAACUUGGACCUAAUUGAGGAGCUAGGGGGAAUCAUACCUAAGUGAGUUCCCAACUUGUAAUUAGUAGAGUAGUCAGUAGGGUAGUUUAUCAAUCAAUUCUUAAUCUAGUUUGCUAGAUAACGAACUGAAGCUGAGUAAUAGUAACUCUAGAGACCCGUGGAUUCGAUAUUUAUUACUUGUGCCACUAUACUGCAGUCCCUUUCAUUGGUUACACUUGGCCAUUGUUAGGUGUUGUGUUUUGGCGCAUCAACGGCUGAGUCAGUUUGUCUACAACAUUAGUUCAAGGUCGGGUCAUCUUUUGGCCUCGUAAGGGUCUAGUCAUUUUUUAGCCAUAUGACCCAUAACAACAACUAGUGAUAUGAAAUUUCUCAUACCAGCACAUUGGAGUUGUUUGUAAAGUUUAGGCACUAUAACGCUCUAUAAAAAAUAUAAAAGUACUCAAAUGUAAUUUUGCCACCAAAAUGUAAUUUUUUUAAAGGGUUAAUUGCAAGGUUGGUCACUGGGUUUACCAAAAACGUUCAUGUUUGGUCACUGCAAAUAUUUAAUUCCAUUCAUUAUCACUAAAAUUAGUUCAAUAAUUCAAAUUUGGUCACUCUCCGUUAGUCUCCGUUAGUUUUUGCUGAUGUGGCAGUCAACUAUUAUAGUUGACCGUUAAAUGAAUGACGUGGCCAUUAAAAAUAUUAAAAUAAUAAAAUUUAAAUAUUUACAAUUGCCACAUCAUUUUACAACUACUAAAAAAUAAAAAUAAAACUUAAUUCCUAUUAUUAUAUAAACACCUAAACGGCUAAACCUACUUGAAAGCACUCCUCUGGUUUUUCUUCUUGCCUAUUUCAAGUAGGUUUAGCCGUUUAGGUGUUUAUAGAAUAAUAGGAAUUAAGUUUUAUUUUUAUUUUUUAGUAGUUGUAAAAUGAUGUGGUAAUUGUAAAUAUUUAAAUUUUAUUAUUUUAAUAUUUUUUAAUGGCCACGUCACUCAUUUAAUGGUCAAUUAUAAUAGUUGACUGCCACAUCAGCAAAAACUAACGGAGAGUGACCAAAUUUGAACUAUUGAACUAAUCUUAGUGACCAUGAAUGGAAUUAAAUAUUUGCAGUGACCAAACAUGAAUGUUUUUAGUAAACCCAGUGACCAACCUUGCAAUUAACCCUUUUUUUAAAACUCGUAUAAUUUUACUUCGAAUUGACUCCAAAUGAGGCAAUUUGUUAUCCGAAUUAACAACAACUAGUGAUAUGAAAUUUCUCAUACCAGCACAUUGGAGUUGUUUGUAAAGUUUAGGCACUAUAAGGGCCUAGUCAUUUUUUAGCCAUAUGAACCAUAACAACUAAUGAUAUGAAAUUUCUCAUACUAGCACAUUGGAGUUGUUUGUAAAGUUUAGGCACUAUAACGCUCUAUAAAAAAUAUAAAAGUACUCAAAUGUAAUUUUGCCACCAAAAUGUAAUUUUUUUAAAACUCGUAUAAUUUUACUUCGAAUUGACUCCAAGUGAGGCAAUUUGUUAUCCGAGUUUAAAGUUAAGUUUGUUUGGAAAAUUGAAAAAAUAUUAACAUAUAAUAAAAUGAAAGGGAACUUAAAAAAGCAAUUGCUUACACUAAGGUUCAAACAUAUGAUCUAAAUAAACACAUAACAAGCUUCCAUCCACUAGGCUAUCUAAAUUUAUUGUUUUGUAUUCACGAAAAAGAAAUUAUAUACAUAAAAAUCGCAGGUGGGCAUGCGGUUUGCAUGUUAACUGCUGCUUCCCGGCACAGAUUAUCAGACCGCUCCCUCCCAAUGUGAGUUUUAUUAAAAAUCGCGCCCUCCUCAAACGGUUUUCGGAAAAAGAUGGUAUUUUUGGAAUUUUUCGAGAAUGUGUGAUAUUUUUGGAAUUUUUUUCACUUUUAGUGGUAUUUCUGAAAAAAUCCCCUUAUACAGGAUUACGAACACUUCACUAGGGCUGAGAAAUGGUGCGGUCUGGUCCAUACCAGACCAUAUAAACGGCCUAUGGUCCAGACCGAGAGGCUGAAGUAUAAACCACAGACCAGACCACAGACUAUACUGUCCAGUCCAGACCACACCUGUGGGGUCUGGUCCAGAUAGACCACACUCAACGAAAAAUGAAUAAUUUCUUUAGUCAACCACACAAAAAAUUGAACCAAUAAUCAACAAAAAUAAUUUUAAUUUCCUUAAAACAUUAAUCCUAACAUGCAUGAAUAAAUUUGAUACCCUAAAUCUUAGUGCAUAACAAAGAUAUCAAGUAAAA